AUGGAAAAGCCACUUUUAGUUAGCUUCAAAGGAGACGAGCAUAUAAGAGAGAGCAGCUGCAGUUUCUUGGGCCAGAAGGUAGUUAAGUUUUGGGAAGAUGUGCUUGAAUUUGCUCCCAAAGCUUUGGAAAUGGGUCGUUCUGAUCCCAGAAAAGUCAUCUUUGGUAUGAAAAUGGGACUGGCAUUGUCCAUUGUUUCUUUGCUCAUAUUCUUGAAAAAAUCAUUCCAUGAUAUCGAUAUUGGUCAGUACUCAAUCUGGGCUAUCCUCACCGUCAUUGUCAUGUUCGAGUUCAGCAUAGGAGGGACUUUCAUUAAAGGAUUUAAUCGUGGGCUAGGAACAUUGAUUGCUGGAAUCCUAGCUUUCUGUUUUGCUGAGCUAUCUCUUCUGGCUGGAAAAUUGGAGGAAGUUGUAAUUGUCAUAAGCAUUUUUAUAGUUGGAUUUUUCGCGUCUUACUUGAGGCUGUAUCCAACAAUGAAACCCUACGAAUAUGGAUUUCGAGUUUUUAUGUUGACAUAUUGCAUUCUUAUGGUUGCUGGGAAUAGAACGAGAGCAUAUAACGAGGCUGUUACAGCUCGUUUAGUGCUUAUUGCAGUGGGCGCUGCUGUGUGUUUGUUUGUUAACAUCUGCAUAUGCCCAAUAUGGUCAGGAGAGGAUCUGCAUAACUUGGUGGUCAAAAAUUUUAAGGAAGUUGCUGCUUCAUUAGAAGGAUGUGUUAAUGGCUACCUGAAAUCCGUUGAUUAUGAGAGGACUUCAUUGAAAAUUCUCGCAUACCAAGCUUCAGAUGAUCCAAUGUACAAGGGCUAUAAAUCAGUGAUGGAAUCUAAAAGCCAGGAAGAUACUCUGUUGGGAUUUGCAAUCUGGGAACCACCUCAUGGCCGCUAUAGAAUGCUGAAUUAUCCUUGGAAAAACUAUGUCAAAGUGAGCAGUGCCUUGAGGCAUUGUGCAUUCAUGGUCAUGGCACUCCAUGGAUGCCUUCUUUCUGAAAUACAGGCCCCAGCUAAAAAGAGACUGGUUUUUCAAACGGAGCUCCGACGAGUCGGAGCAGAAGGUGAAAAAGUUUUGAGAGAGCUUAGCAAAAAGAUUGAGAAGAUGGAGAAGUUAGGCCCCGGAGAUUUACUGAAAGAUGUUCAUGACGCAGCAGAAAAGUUGCAGAAGAGCAUAGACCAAAGAUCAUACAUACUGGUCAAUUCAGAGAGUUGGGAAAUCGGAAGACGACCUAGAGAACAAGAUGUUGAAAAUGUUUCGGACUCAAUGAAUAUGGGAUGUAAGUCUUUGAGUGAAACUGUGCUUGACCUGAGGUCAGUUUCUGUAGCAUGCACACCUGCAACACAAGGUGCAUCCCCAGAAUGCGUGUUUAGGGACCAACCAUCUUGGCCAUUUGAAGUGGGCAAGGAAGAGAACUGCAGAACAUAUGAAAGUGCAAGCGCCUUGUCCUUGGCCACAUUUGCUUCGCUUCUGAUUGAAUUCGUUGCCAGACUUCAAAAUGUGGUUGAUUGUUUUGAAGAACUUGGUGAGAAGGCAAAGUUUGGGGAGUCAAUCCUUAACACACCGCCUACUACCGAGAAAUCAUGGACCAGUUCCAUUUGAUAUGGUAGUUUUG